CACGAGUCUUCUCAACAUAUUUUGCCGACCACUCGUCGCUAUUCUUUUGUCAUUAGACUUGCUGCUGCUUUGUGGUCAGUACUGUCAGUUUGUACAGAUUAUUUAUUCUAUCGCCAUGGACGUCGUCGCCGCUCACUCCCGAGUUACCUUGAAUAGCUCCUUUCUCUCUCGAGCAGAUGUCCCCGACGCUUCCUUCUUGUCCCGUCAAAUUGCCUCCGCGCGACCAUCCCUGCCAUCAUUGACUCUCCCACGAAGGCGCCUCUCCCUUCGAGCCUCAGCGUCCAGCAGCGGCGCCGCGGUGUCGCCUAACGGCACCGCCCGUGCUCAGAAUGCCGCCUCGUUCACGCAGAACGGCGUCACUUCGCCGGGACGGCUCGAGGGUCCUGCCACUAUCCUGUGGGGAGAGGGCCCCAUGCAGCUGGUAGAGCCGGAGGCGGCGGAGACCUACAGGGAGGCGCCGAACAGACCGCUGUCGCCCAGAUCGGCGCGCAGCACAGCGCCCGGCGUGCGACGCGUGGAGGAGGCGAUCGCCGCCAUGCGACGAGGCGAGGUGGUGGUGGUGGUGGACGAGCACAAUCGCGACGUGGCGGAUCUCGUCAUGUCCGCAUCGCUCGCCACGGCGGAGCGCAUGGCCUUCAUGGUGCGCCACGGCAGCGGGAUCGUCUCCGCCGCCGCGUCCCCCGCCGUGCUGGAUCGCCUCGCCAUCUCGCCCAUGAUGGCGGGGGGCGAGGGCGGCGCGAACAACGGCUCCGCAUCGUCCGUGUCUGUGGACGUGGUGGUGGGCACCACAACGGGCAUCUCCGCGGCGGACAGGGCGCGCACGCUCAGGGCCCUCGCGGACCCGCUCUCGCUGCCCUCCGACUUCUGCCGCCCGGGCCACGUCUUCCCCCUGCGCGCGCACCCAGGCGGAGUGUUGCGCCAGGCCACCCGCGUGGAGGCAGCGGCGGAUAUGGCGGUGCUGGCGGGGCUGCCGCCCGUGACAGCUGUCACCGAGCUGCUCAAUGAUGACGGUUCCCUGCCUGGUGCCGCCCAGACGCAGCAGUUUGCCGCCCAGAACGCGCUCACCCUGAUCUCCGUCCAAGAUAUCGUCAAGCACCGGCGGCUGGUGGAGCGCACGGUGCGGCGCACGGCAGUGGCGCGGCUGCCCACGGAGUGGGGCACGUUCGACAUCGUGAGCUACAUGAGCGACGUGGAUGGCAUCGAGCACGUCGCCAUGGUCAAGGGCGACAUAUCAUCUGGCGAGGACGUGAUGAUCCGCGUGCACAGCGAGUGCCUCACGGGGGACAUCUUUGCCUCGGCGCGCUGCGACUGCGGCCCGCAGCUGCAGCAGGCGCUGCAGCGAAUCGAGGCCAAGGGGCGUGGUGUGUGCAUCUACCUGCGCGGGCAGGAGGGGCGCGGCAUUGGGCUGGGGCACAAGCUGCAGGCGUACAACCUGCAAGACAUGGGGCGGGACACAGUGCAGGCGAAUCUGGACCUGGGCAUGCCCGCAGACGCCAGAGAGUACAGUGCUGCGGCGCACAUCCUGAGAGACCUGGGCGUGCGGUCGCUGAAGCUGAUGACGAAUAACCCCGCCAAGCUGACGGCGAUCAGUGAAUUGGGGUUCGCUGUGACGGGGAGAGUGCCGGUGCUGUGCCCCAUCAACAUGGAGAACAGGAGAUACCUGGAGACAAAGCGGGCCAAGAUGGGCCACCUGUACGAUGCAUCGCUGGCGCAGCCAAUCAGCGGCGGGUGGGAGGCACAGGGGGAGGCGGAUGAGGUGGAGGAGGUGGCGGAGGUGGCGGAGGUGGGGAGAAGAGUGUAGCCGGGGUAGGCAUGGGGGACUGGGAAACAUCGCAGGGAUAGGUAGAUGCAGGGUCAAGCCGCCUCUCGAUUCAUUGUGUUUAGGGAAGAAUGAAAAUUGUGAAUAUGCAUUCUGUACUUCCUGCAAUGCUGAAAGC